UAAACCCCCCAUCGGAAAACCGAUGGGUUGUGUAUUUAGUACAGAUUCCGGCAACAAUGGAGUACACCCACCGGCAGGUUCGUCGUCUUCUUCCGGCACUCACUCGACAUCAAAAUUGAUGCUCAGCCCAGAUCUAAACUCUUACCAAGAAGCUUGCCGAUCGGAUCCGGAUCUCCAAUCUUUCGAUUCGACUCUACAAGAUCGAACCACUCGGGUCAUUAAUUCUCUCGCCGCCGGCGUCGAGGUUCGUUCCCUUUCCCUUGACUCCCUCCGUGAAGUCACCGGAAGUCUGCUCGAUAUGAAUCAAGAAGUAGUCAAAGUUAUACUCGAAUGCAAAAAGGACAUUUGGAAAAACGACGAAUUGUUUUCGUUAGUUGAAGAUUUCUUCGAUCUCAGCAUCUUAACGCUUGAUUUCUGCAUUUCCCUCGAGAAUUGCUUGAAAAACGCUCGUCAUAGCUCAUCAUUUCUUAAGAUUGCGAUCAAUCAAUUCGAUGGAGAUAACGAUUACUUGAAAACCCUUGAACAAUUCAAACGAUUCGAAGCUUUAGAAGCUCCAUUCUCAGAGGAAUUUUUCGAGAACUUUCAAUCUGUUUACAAACAACAGCUUUCAAUGUUGAAGAAAUUGCAAAAACAGAAGGGUAAAGUAGCGAAGAAAUUGAAAUCAACAAAGACUUGGAGGAAAUUGACGAACGUCAUAUUCGUCAUUACUUUCAGUACCGUUUUGAUUUGUUCAGUGGUGGCUGCCGCCGUGGCUGCUCCGCCUGUAGUGGUGGCAUUGGCGGCGGCAGCGGCGGUGCCGUUAGGAUCCAUGGGGAAGUGGGUUAAUUCGUUAUGGAAGAAAUAUGAAACGGAAUUGAAAGGGCAAAGGGAGCUGAUUAGUUCGAUGCAGAUUGGGAGCUCCAUUGUUAUUAAAGAUUUGGUUAAUAUCAAAGCUUUAGUGGAUAAACUGGGGAUCGAGAUGGAGGGUUUGCUGCAGAAUGCAGAGUUCGCGAUCAAGGAAGAAGAAGAAGAGGCGGUGGCAAUGGCGGUGGAUGAAAUGAGGAAGAAUGUGAAUGAUUUUGGGAAGACGAUUGAUGAUUUGAGUGAUCAUGCGUUUAAAAUUCGAGGGGAUAUAAGUAAAGCAAGAAAGAUGAUUGUGCAGAGGUUAUCGAAGAACCCUAGUGAUUCAUAUUAACUAUAUAUAUAAUAUGUAGCUAUUUUAAAGCUAAUUUGGUUCAGUUUUUCCAUAUUUUGUUGUUAAAAGUCUGUGAAUUCACCAAAGAAAUGUUGUUUCAUUUAUGGACUAUGUUUUUAUGGAUUAAGCUCAUGCACUUGUUUCUUGAA